GCAUGAUGGCUGCUGAACUGAAGCCAUCACGUCCUCCAAUUUGCUGUCGUAGCUUAUAUUUGCAGAUGAUGUGCUCAAAUUGAAAACUUUCAGCAUGGCUCAGUGUAAACAGACUGCUCAGGAAUUUAUCCAGAACACAUUUAACCCGCAUGUGGCGGUGUUGUGUAGUCCAGACGCCGAGGUGUUGUGUCAGAAGAACAAUUUGACGUUUGUCGAGCUUGUGCAGCCUUUCUGUCACCUUACCACAGAAGCUCACAUCCGUGACCCUAACAAUGUACCACAUUGUAUCCGUCACCUGAAAAUUUCCAUGCUGGAUAUGACAGCACAGCCUCCCCAACAGGCCGUCGCUAGGAAAAUGAUGAGUGAUGCUGUCGCUAAUGCUCAGCCUCAGCUUGUAGAGGGAGGAAGAGGAAAUGUCAUAUCAAUCGGCAACUACGAUCUUCAGCUGUCAGCAUCUACGCCCUGGUUUGAGGCUUACAGAGAUGUGUUCCUACAGGUGCUGCCUCCUAGUGACCAUGAAUUUCUCAACCACUGUGUUGGAUGUGUGUUUGUCGUGUCCUCUGGCCACUCAGACCCUAUCACCGGGUUCAAUAAUCUGGCUGGUCAGCAAUACCAACAGCAGACACAGUUUCCAAACAAGAUGCCGCGCUGGCUGGCACCCAACCUUCUCAAGUAUUACGUACUGCUGCAUGACGUCACGGAAGGGGAGGAUGCAAAAGCUGAUGCUGUUUACCAGAAUAUGAAGUCGACCUACGGAGCAAGUGGAUGUCAUCUCCUUCACAUCAACUCGCGCAGCAUCAAGGUGGCCGAUAGUAUGAAGACGGACAGUAACCUACCCGACCCCUGGAGUCAGUUUCUAAGCAAGCCUGUGGAUAACUCUAAUAAAAAACGCCAAAAGGCUAGAUAUUACAUAGCAUGGGAGGGCGCAGACUAUGAUGUUUCCAUGGGUAACGGCACAGACGAUGGCGUGGCAUUUCCUGGGAAGGUGUCUGAAGGAACCCUGGAAUCUUCGUCUCUCACUGAUAGUUUGCUGGUCGAAUCAGCAUCAGAAGCACUAGAAGCAGCGUCCUCAGGAUCCGGGGCCGAUAGCGACAUGUUCGACCAUCCUCUGGCCAUGGACCACUCUACAAAUUCAAUCAACCAUGUCGACGAUCGUUUGUCGCCAGACGAAUCGGUCACCAUGGAAAACAACCACACGGGAAAUAAUACAAAAGUGCAGACGACCCCGGACAAGAAAGUGCGUGGACACGGGAUGUGUUUGACCACGAGUGACCACGACAGACUCCGGAUAUUUAUACACGAGUUCAGUGUCCGUGCCCUAAUUCCCUGGGCCGAGAUGUCCAUGAGAUACCUUAAUGAGCAGUUGACCUCAAGGAAAGGUAUUCCUCGAUCAAUAUUCAGUGUAACAAAGAAAUGGUUUGGAGGCAACAAAGCAACAGAAAAGGCCGCGGCAACUAACCAGAACACCACCGUAGUAUAUUCUCAGGAAGCACCAGAACUGCAAAUGCGACGACUGGCAGACCUGGCUUUCCUCUUCCAGAUGUAUGACUUUGCUUACCAGACGUACCACACGGCCAAGCGUGACUUCAACAAUGACCAUGCAUGGCUGCACACAGCCGGUGCCCUGGAGAUGGCGAGUUUGUCAGUUUUCAUGCAGGGUCCAGUCAGCUCCCAGAAAUACCCAUCUCACUACAUGGAGUCGGCCAUCACGACCUACUUACAGUCAUGCAAGAAUCCGUUAUAUGCAGCCCGAGCGACCCUGGUUAGCAGCGAGGCCCUGAAGAGUAAGGGGAUGUACAACGAGGCCGCUUUACAGUUCAUCAAACUGACCAGCGAGGACUCCGACCUGAGAAGCGCCUUACUGCUGGAACAGGCAGCCCACUGUUACAUCAACAUGGAGACCCCAAAGGUCCGCAAGUACUCCUUCCAUAUGAUACUGGCUGGUCAUCGCUACAGCAAGGCUGCUCAGAGAAAACAUGCGUUACGGGCCUAUUCACAAGCUUUACAGGUGUACAAAGGCAAAAACUGGUCCCUGGCUGAGGACCACAUCAACUUCACUCUGGGUCGUCAGUCGUUUAAUCUGAAACAGUUAGAGAACGCCACAGCUGCCUUCAAACACCUUCUAACAGAGAAUAGCAAGCAGAUAGCCAGCCAGCAGGGUGCCUUCCUCAGGGAGUACCUGUUUGUCUAUAAGCAAUUGCUGAGCCAGGAGGCUGGGGAUUACGGCCACAACACCCGAGCCCUACCUGAGCUUCCCCUCCCAGUGCUGGACAGUAACUCCACCAAGGUCCUACUGGGGGCCAGACCACAGCCAAGCCAAGCACCAGACAAGGUAGCUUCGUCGGGAGUGUGGUUUGACCAUAAGGAGAGUAAUCACCCUCGAUGGCAGAAGUUGGAGGAGGCGUUGGUUGCCGCGGCGAUUGGAAAUCUGCCAAAUACAUUCCGACCGACACUUCAGUGUUAUACCAAUCGAACUGACAACAAACACAGUCCUGUAGGCUUUGUGGGAGAGCCGAUUAUCGUUGAGGUGUACUUGGUGAACCCCCUCAAGGUCAUGUUAGUACUGACAGAGGUCACGUUGUUAUGGAGCUUCCUUCCGAGUCUACCAGGCCAGGAAAAAGCCCAGCUCAUCACCAAUGAGGUGUCUUCAACCUCUGUUAAGAAUACCCUGGCAAAUGAAAUCAUACAGACCCAGGUUAUAGAUGAAAUUAUCAUGGAUGCAAAUACCAAAUUGACGACCCAGAUUACACUGACCCCUCACCAGACCGGAGAAUUAAGGAUCGUAGAGAUCUCGUACAACCUGGGAGGGGUACUUAUAGAGGGCAACGGACCCAAACCAAACAUGUCAAACACGAUAUUUGUGCGCGGUAAACAGAAACUGGAAGUCCAGGGGCCCCGUCUCAACAUCACCAAAGAAGACAAGGCCAACAAGGUGUACGGGCCGGAUCGGCGUCUCGACCUCGUCAUACAACAGGAAAUGCCUUUAUUGCAGGUUUCGUUUUGUAAUUUUCCGCGGACAUUGUUAUGUGGCGAAGUGCAUGCUGUGAUGUUACAAUUCACCAAUGUUGGUUCUAGUCCCCUUCACAGACUCAAAGUCGCUUCCACAUGUCCUGAGUUUUUUACUCUCGGUUGCCAUGGACAACUUCCGAAAUUUCCGUGUGUUUAUCAAACAGCUAUGGAUGUUGGUGUGAGUGACUGUGAAUGUAUGUGCAAUUCUAUACCGAAAGACAGUGUUAAUCUAACUCGCGUUGUGGACAUUGUCCUACCUAGUGGAACUCUCCAGCCAAAAAGUACAAUUUCAGUACCUGCCUGGAUACGUGGAAAUGACAUAGGAGGAAUUCACGAGAUUCAUUUUAUGUUUUAUUACGAACCAGUACAACAGUUACCCAAUAUUAGCCAUAGACUAUUACGUCACACUGCAGUAGUUAACACCUUAGAGUCACUGAGCGUGCGGGCCAUAGCACACAGAGGAAACAACACCAGCUCACAUCCUAACGGCCACAGAGGUUCCUGUGUCGUCAUGUGUGAAUUAGAAAAUCUCAGUCAGGUACAGAGUCAGCGGUCGUAUGUGAAGGAGAUUCAAAUCAACCAGGUAUCCUGUGCCAGUGAAGAAUGGACGGCUCAGUACCUUAAUUCUCAACACGUCAAGUCGGAAAUACAGAUCGGCAGUCGGGAGACCAUGCAACUGUGUCUGAAGGCUGUCCGUAGUUCUACAAACUUAGAUACAAUAAUGGGUAAAGAAUCUAUUGUGUUCAGCGACGUUCCUUUCGACACACAGCAGAUAUGUAGUGCAAUGACGCCUUGUGCGGACUUUUUCUUCCGAUCAAAAAGCAGUAUUAAGCCUCUAGAACCUGAUAUGGAGGUACCUAUGCCUCCAAGUCGGCGGAAGACUCCAGAGUUCACAGACCUUAACUGUGCAAUACAAGUGGGCUUCACUUUAGUUAUACUGUGGAAGGCAUGUGUGAUCAAUGAGGACGGAGAAGUUCAAAUCCGAGUUGGUCAGCACCAUGUGACAAUAGAGAAAAUUGACAACAUCUUCACUUCGUAUCCAUACGUUCUUAUCCCAACAGAACAGCCGGCUGUCAGGUUUGUGAUGAAGGACCGAGAAGCUGAGGCGUCCACACCCGACUCCGAGGUCACCACGCAGCUGGUUGACCUCAACUUUAACCAUAGGUCAGAGGUCAAACAUAAUUUCUCCAGUGGAAGACUGUGCCAAGUUCCAGUGACACUGCUUCUACAAAAUUGCUCAAAAGUGACGCUAGAUGUUCUGGUAGACACAAGUCAAUCCCCAGAUAGGUUGAGCAGUAAAUCUAACGAGGCAUCAUUAUAUGAUCACUCCGGGGAGUACCAUCACAACAGCAGUUUUAACUGGGUCGGUCAGACCAUCACGCAGCUUCGUCUGGAGGCCGAGCAACAGGCCGCAGUGCAAUUGUCAGCCUGCUUCAGCAAGCCGGGAAUCUACAACCUGAACCGCGUGGCUGUGUUUGUGACAUACACCCGGGACUCGAACGAGAUGGUGCUUCAGCGAUAUAGCUCUCCUAGUGUUGUAGUAAUUGGCGAGGUGUCCUGAUCAGCAAAGCCUCCUCGUCGUGGUGAUGAAGCCUUGUGGAGUGGCAGAACAUCAGUUUAAGUUGCUAGAUUGGUUUGGUAUCGAUCAGGUCUGCUGUCUUCCCUGUUACAUCUGAUUAAUGUGUGAGGAUGUAUCCUUAGCGGGCUCACAUUCCCAAGGACUUGUAGUCAUUGUGCCACCAGUGAGGUUGUUUGUAGUGUCGGAGAGGUCUCCAUAUUGAUGUGCUGUCAAUGCGGAUGUCAAACUGCUGUGGCGUCGGCUCCUGUAUAGCGUUGAGUCUAUGAGGACCUUUCAUCUGUCUGACAUCGGCAAGGUCUCCGACAUCGACAAGGUCUCUGACAUCGACAAGGUCUCCGACAUUGACAAGGUCUCCGACAUUGACAAGGUCUCCGACAUCGACAAGGUCUCCGACAUCGACAAGGUCUCCGACAUCGACAAGGUCUCCGACAUCGAUAAGGUCUCCGACAUCGACAAGGUCUCCGACAUCGACAAGGUCUCUGACAUCGACAAGGUCUCCGACAUUGACAAGGUCUUCUACUUGAUGUUGGCAAGGGAGUUUGUCUAGGUCUUCUAUUUGAUGUCAUGCGAAGGAGGAUGUUGUAUUGUGUGACAUUGAUGAGGUGUCGGAGACGAUGUCGUAUUGUGUGACAUUGAUAAGGUGUCGGGCAGGAUGUUGUAUUGUGUGACAUUGAUAAGGUGUCGGGCAGGAUGUCGUAUUGUGUGACAUUGAUAAGGUGUCGGGCAGGAUGUCGUAUUGUGUGACAUUGAUGAGGUGUCGGAGACGAUGUCAUAUUGUGUGACAUUGAUGAGGUGUCGGGCAGGAUGUCGUAUUGUGUGACAUUGAUGAGGUGUCGGAGACGAUGUCGUAUUGUGUGACAUUGAUGAGGUGUCAGAGAGGAUGUCGUAUUGUGUGACAUUGAUGAGGUGUCAGAGAGGAUGUCGUAUUGUGUGACAUUGAUGAGGUGUCGGAGACGAUGUCGUAUUGUGUGACAUUGAUAAGGUGUCAGGGACGAUGUCAUAUUGUGUGACAUUGAUGAGGUGUCAGGGAUGAUGUCAUAUUGUGUGACAUUGAUGAGGUGUCAGGGAGGAUUUCUUACCAGUCGAACAUCGAUAAGGUCACCAACUUGAUGUGAUGUCAGAGAGGAUGUCUAAUUGUGCAAACCCAAGGAAGUCUUGUAAGGCCAACACUGAGGAUUUCGUUGGUUUAUUACCAGUAGGCUUCCAUAUCUAACACAUCAUUCAUUUUGAUCAUCAGGCAAACGAUAGCAACCUCUACUGCUGAAUUUGUGAUUCAGAUGUAAAGAUAAUCAUCAUCAGCGGAAACAAACUUGUUAUAAAGGUGUUUCCAAACAGGAGAGUUACAACACGUUUCAUCAUCAGAACCGAGACUCAGGAUGUGCAUUUCAUUGGACGCAUCGUGAAGAACUUUCUGGAUACAACACACAUUGUGAUGUCAUCAGUUUUGUGAACACAAUAAUGAUAACUGCUUCCAUCACUUUGGUGAUCAUACAUGGCCGAAGUGACAGUGACACGGCUCUGGUUAUUGAUUAAUCUCACCGUAUUCCAUGUUAAACGCACGUUAAUGGUGGCCUGUCAUCAACGUGUCAAAUCGUGCUACUUUCACCUCCGCUCACCAGAUGAUGUUUUACUACUUGCGUAUGUUGCAGUGAUGUUAUCCACCAGUUUGUCAUCGAAGAAUGAGAUCAACCAUUCCAUUUUACCGAUCUCUUUCUACCAAUUAGCAAGGUCCUAAAACAUUCACAAUAUUCUUGGUGUUUGGUGAGAAUCCACGCAAUCAGAACCAGACAAGUGUUGUACUCACUAUUAAUAAAAGAUUUCAUUUUAGAAAUUCUUUCUGUUAAAAAAUUCACGAAGUAAAAUACUUGAUAAAAUCAUUUUUUUUGCACAAUUAAAAUGAUACAUUCAUACCAAGCAAUUAAUUUCAUUUGAAAUUUGUGUGGUUGAUUUGUGGAGAGUCAGGAUCGUGUUUGGUGCUUGUGUGCGAGUUAGUGGGGCCACAGUGGGACAUGCAGGAAGACGGUACAGGUCACACUCGUGUUUAUUUAAUGGCAGAUAAGGCCAUUUUCUCCUGUGAUAACUUUUUCCAUGAUUUUGGAGAUAUUAAGAUUAUUAUGUGUGAAUAUUAUUCAAGACUUUGCUAUAUCUAUGAAUUUUAAUAUUAACUGUUAUUUGUGAAUUAUGUGUGAUUAUUUAAAGUGUGGCUGUAGCAUCAUACCUAUGUAGGUUAGUAUUAUAAGUGUAUGUAGCUAUAUAUAUAGGUUCUUAAGGUCAAGGUCAAGGUUGGUCAAGGUCAUUCUGCCCUAUGUGUUCAGGUUUGUGUACAAUUCUGAAAAUAAACAUUUCGAUUCAACUGGGAUGUGUACUAUUUAGAAAAAAUAUGGACAGAUUCGAAAUGAACUCAAUUGGUCACGAACUUUAUGGUCUGUGUUUUGUAAUUAAAUUAAUGUAAAAUGUACAGGUUUUAUCAACAUGUUGAUAAUGCAAAAUUUAAUCAAAUUAAUUUUUAUGUUCAAUCUGAAUCAAGGUGAUGCAACAGGGUGAUUGUUCAAAAAUAAAUAAGAAAUAAGUAAACUGCUGGUGAAAAGCUUCUGAUGGUCCCAGACUAGAUUCAGAGUCAGAAGAACGUUUUAAAAGUGAAUUUUGUUUCCAUAGUAUGUGGUUAAAAUAGUGAGAUUUAAGUUUUGCCUGUACAGUUGGUGUUUUAAAUAUGAAGGAUGAAUGUACCUAUAGGCUGCUAUUAAGAAGCCGAGGCAAUCAAUACUAGUUGGUUUAUGUUUUAAUUUAUUAUAAAUAAUAUGAAAAACAACAAGGAUAAUUUUAACAAUAAAAAAUAAUCAGAAACAAUAUUAAUAGUAUUUCAUAUAGAUUAGUUGACAAAGUCCGACUCGGUAACGAUUUAUUGUUAUUCAUUAUUAUUUAUCUAGUUAUAUAUGCCCAGUGUGAUGUGUGAACAGUUUAAAGAUAGGAAUUUCAUUAUCAAACAUAAAUCCUACAAUAGUUGGGGUCUCCCUCACCAAAAUGUCAUGUAUCAUUGACAUGUUAAACCCUUCACUUACUCUGUCAUGACAGUACAUGUACUAUGGUUUGUAAAUACAAAUGUAAUAUAAGUGCUAUCUUUUUCCUAAGAUCUAUUUUUCCUAGCUAUUUGGCUGAAUCACAAAUAAUUUGUGUUUCCACGAGCCAAUAGUAACUUGAAAGAAGACCAUAUGAAAUUAUUUCAUCAAUUUUUAACUGACAUUUCACUUUAUCAGAAAUGGUAGUCUCUGAUACACACUAUAUAUAUAUCAGUGUAUUUCAGGGUGCCUGGUUCAAAGAGGAAACAAGUUGUAAUAUACUGCUUGUUGAACAAAUAUUUAUUUAAUGUUAGAUAUUUAAGUUUCUUAUGUACAUUUUGGUAUAUUAAAGAUUUACUGCAUUAAAAUGUACAAUGUUCUAUAUGACGCCCCAUACAUGAGAUCGGACAAAUCAGUUGGAAUCAACUUGUCAUGUUACAAUGGUUUUAACAGGUAGAUUUUAUUUCAUGGGAUUGUAGCUUUAUGUCCUAAGACAUGAUGUUAGAAUACUCAUACAAAUAUUAUAUCACAAUAUAAACAUUCCAGCUCGUAAAACCAAAAACAGUAACCUGGCUUCUUGUCUAUAUGUAUACGUAUGAUAGAUUUCUAUGCAGGCGUAUACUUUAUACCCCAAACUAUCAAAUUAUGGUAGAUAAUUUUUUUUACCUCAUCCUAUCAUUUUAAACAGUGUUUUAAAAAUGUAUUUAGCUUGAAAUUGUCUUUUAUAAUUUGUUUAUUUAUAGCUGUACUGUUAUAAACACAUAUUAUAGAUGAAAUACAUGCUGCCUUUGGUUCAUUUGUUAAAGCUCGUUAAGUCAAACUUUGAUUUUGUGAAGACUUCUUCCUCUGUUUGUUCAAAAUAUUAAAACUCUUUAAUAUAUAUAUAUACCUAUAACAGGGCUCAAAGUGGAUAUUUUUACCAGGUGGCCUAUUUGGCAACCAAGUCAUAAAAUCUAGGCGCCAUUUGGAAAAGUUAGUCGCCUGGCCUACAUGUAGUUGUCUUACAUUUUUGAAAAAAUCUUUUAAUUCCUUAGUUCAGUAUAACAUCUUUCUGGAACUUUUUCGAUUGUGAAAGUUAUUUUAGCGUUGACUGCAACCUUUGAAAGAUUAACCAAAUCGCAAAUUUUCACAAUUUUUUAGGGGCCAAGCAGGCGCCUUACAGGUCAACAACUGGUCGCCAAUGGUGAAUUUAAGGCGCCAUGGCCACUAAAAUAGGCGCCACUUUGAGCCCUGCCUAAAUAAGAAAGAUGUACCAGCAAUUGAAAAGCUAUAUUUAUCACUAUUACAAAAAAUUGUAAACUCACAAAUGUUUCUAAGAGAAUUAAAUUAGAAAGAUACCGGGUAGCCUUAUACUUGAUGCACUUAUCAGCUUUCAUGUUUUGAAAAAUAAAAGUAAUUAUGAUAAAUAAAUGAUGAGCAUAGAAAGUGGGAAGUUUGAAUAGGAUGUGAGCGUGAUUUAAUUUCUGCCCGAUUUCUGUUAAUGUUUAAUUAAUUUUUCGAAUUCGACUUGGAGAAUAGAUGUUCAGGUUUUGUUAUUUAAAAGAUAGACGCCAGGGAAGUGUGAAAUACUAGUUAGAUUAUUACUAACACACACCUGACUCAUUCACAAGUAUAAAAAUCAUACAAGGGAGAGAACUCUUCAUUGAUUGUCUGUGCUUUACUUUUUUUCCUUUAUAAUUCAAGCAGGGAAGUUUGUUAUGCAUUUUAAGUAUCAUUGACAUACUUUUUAAACAAUGAUAUUGUCAGAGACUAUAUAUACUGGAACCUAACAUACACCACAAGGCUAGUCUAGUCAUUUCUGGGGUUCCGGUCAAAUGUCAGAAAGAUGUGUGAAUGCCGCUUAUAAGACGCAACUUCGAUUGAACAAAGGUUGAUAUGCAUGGUAUAGGUGACUCUAUAUAACUCACAUUGGCUGGCUGUAAUUGAUGCUGUAAUGCUGUAAAUGAUGCUGUAAUUACAUUUUAACUGAAUCCAAUCACCUGUUUAGGACACGGCAUGGAUUUCAAUGUAUAAUCGCCAUAUUUGUCAGCAAGUCUUCAUGCUUCCUCAUUGAUUACUCAAAUGUAUUCUUCUGUUGUAAAGAAUACUACAUUCUCUCAUUUCUGACGAGUACAUGCAGGUCCAGGUACAAUAUGUACCUUGUAUGUCGUGGUUCGGAUCAUUGAGCACCCGAUUAGGAAAUAAAAUCCACACUUUUUGAAUUUGAAGUAACAUUUGUAUUUGAAAGUCAUUUUAAAUAUCUAGUAUUUACAAUGUUAAUUGAAACAUUUAAAAGUAGGCUAAACAAACCUAGUAUUUACAAUGUUGAUUGAAAUAUUUAAAAGUAGGCAAAAACCUUGUAUGUUGAAAUUGGAAAAUUUAAAUUUAGAACAUACACGUCCCUUAUUGAAACUUUAAAGUGAUGUUUUGUUUAAAUUGAAGUUUCAAAGGAAGAAUAUCGAUAUACUUAUCAUUUAUUGUUAUAGCCUUGUCUUGUUAAAUUGUAGAUCAUGGCUGAGUGUCUCUGCUCCGUGUAAUGUUGUCACUUCAUACAUGCUAGGUUUCAGGUAUACGGCUAUGUAUUUGUGUACAUGUACUAGCUUUGUAUAGAGACUUCACAAAUAAGAGGUUGCAGAUAAUGCAUUCUCCCUUUACUGUUGCCAGUUAACCAGGACUUGUAGCCACACUUGUUUAGUUCCUGGGAUGGUUUCAAUUUUUUUCUGUGAUUUAUAAUAUAUGAUGAGUAAAUGAAAACAAUUGAAACAUA